UAACCACGCGGGAAACUACACCUUGUAUCAAGUUUCGAUAUUUCUUAUCUCUUUUUAUAAAUGUAUACCUUCUACAACAUUCUGACAUGAAUUCUGACUAUAACGAAUCAAAUGAAAAAACUUAUAUUCCGAAACAAUAUCGUAAUAAUUCGAGUUAUAAAGUUGGAAUAAUUAUUAGCUGUCUCAUAUUUUGCUGUACAUUGAUUGCAAUAUGUGUCAGUAUCUCAACUAUCCAUCGUAACAAAGUACAAAACGGAGAACUAGAUAAAACACAAGAGAACGCAUACCACAUAUUGAUGUCGUCACAUGUUAUUGAAGACACAGAAGAUGUGCUAAAUGGACAGAGAAAAGUUACGUACAUCAUGGUUUCUACCACAGAAUCUAUUGUUAUUUUCAUUACACUGAUUUCAGGUCAGCAUACCCUAUUACCAGAAAGCGAAACAACCAACAAUUCCAACUCUUACACUGGUAAAGAGAGACUAAAAGACCUAGAAGUUUUCAAACUGGUUAAAGAAGAAUACUCAGCAUCUAGUACAGAUCAAAAUACUCAACAGACAACAAACCCUUUAUUACGAGCACAAGGCAAUAAAGUUUCAACCGGAGUAAUUAUUCCACAUGGAGGUCAUUACUAUUUAUAUGCGUGUCUACAAUUAACAUGGUAUAAAAUGUCGACAAGAGAUUCAGAGGUCACUCAUUUUGUACAGCUACAUUCUGCAAAUAUAACUCAUAAUAUCACAGAAAGAACAAUUCAAGUUCCCCAAAGAAGUGGAAUGUAUAGUACCAGUAGAAUCUUCCUUCCAAUUAAAUUGAAAAAGAACGAUGUAAUAAGUAUGCAUGCGUCAGAUAGUUCUUACGUUUAUAACUCACAAAAGUCAAAUAUAAUUGGAGUUUUUAGAGCUUCUGUUGAUCAUUAUGUAUGAGAUUAGAAGUUAGAUAUUUCACGUUGUUAUUUCUUAUGGCGAUAGUAUCAUCUUUAUCAAUUCAUUUGUUUAUAAAAAAUAUGAUGUUUUCUUUUGUGCUUUUGAUAUUUACCAAUCCGGUUUUUUGCGGUACAUGUAUUAUAUUUUCUUUUAUGAAUCUUUUGGCUUAAUUCGCAUCUCAGAAGAAUUAUUUUCUGCCAUUGCUUUUUUGUUCUAGCAUAGGGAACUUUGUGUUUUAAAUUACAUUACGAAUAUUUGAUUACAUUCGAGACGUCCUCCACAUUUUAAAGCUUGUUUCCUAGAAAGAGAAUUUAAACCUUAAUUUAAGCUAUUGUGCCCGCAAGACAAUUGAGUAAAGAAUUAAAAAUAGCACGAACAGGAAGAUCGUUUUACAGAUACUUUAAAAAUAAAAAAACUAUAUUAUUUAAACAUAGAUCAAAUGCAAUAAGGUAUAAAAAUAACUUUGAUAAUAUUAUCUUCAGACCUCGAUUAAGGUUAUCAAGGUUACUUUACAAGUGAAUCAUUUACAUGACCAACUUAUACUUUAAUUUUCAGACAAAAGUUUCUAGUCGGUCUAAGCAAAUCGACCCGUUUUGCAUUAAGGAGGCCGAAAAUGCCGUACAUUGUAAAAGUAAAACAAAUGAAAAAAAUAUGAAUGAUACCAUUUCAGGAAAUACAAGACAAUUCUGAUAAUAACAAAAGAUCAUUGAUUUCAAUGAUGUUCAUUCUUUAAGAGUAUUGGGGGUUUAAUAGGGUGUAACUAAAGAACUAACAUCUUACAACUUCAACACGUAAGUCAAAAGUUUCCAAGAUACAAAGGAACAUUCAAAUUCAAAAGUCGAAGAGAAACAGAUCAUCAUGAGUAUUGCAGAGAAAACAAGCAAAAAGUAAGAUCACAAAAAUACUGAAUUCCGAAGAAAAUUCCAAACGGAAAGUUGUUUUGCAAAAGGCAAAAUCAAAAGCCUAAAUUCAUCGAACUGCUAUAUUCAUGACUUGAUACAGUAAUUUUCAUUUGCAAAAAAAAUGUAGAUUAACCUGGUUUUGUAGCUAGCUAAACCUCUCAUUUGUAUGACAGUCGCAGUAAAUUACAUAAUAUUGGCAACGAAGUGGGAACAAAACAAACCGACAUAAUAGGUAAAAAUGUAAAAUAAAUAGGGGUAUAGCAGUCAACAUUGUGUUAUAAUCUUAUUCACUAUAAAAACAAACAAACCAUAUUAAUAUGUAUCAAAGAAGCACAAAAGGCAAAUGGACAAAGCAUAGAAGUAAAACUGAAAUGCAAGAAUACAAAUAUGUAUAAUAGUACAAUUACACAAUGACGGGAUGUUUCAGAACAGAGCCACGUUAUAUGUAACAAAGAAUCACAAAAAGGCAUAUAGACAAAGCAGAUUUAUUUUAACAAAACUGAAUGACAGGAAUAUCAAAGUCAUCAUAGAUCAAUAACACAAUGAUGGGAUUGUUGUAUGGUAAUGGUAACGUGGCCUAUGUGUAUUAUGCGUCUUAUACUUCUUUAUAUUGUUAUAAAUAGCCGUAAUAGGGUGUGUUAGUCUUGCAAAGCUUGAUAUGUUUGCACCCAGCUUUUGGUUGUUGUUUUUUUUUUAAUUUGGGGCGUAUUGGCGAUCUAGAUGUGGAUGAACCAAGCGCUUUUCUAGAGCAUCAGGUUUUAAAGUGUUUUCAUUUUCAAUAUCCUUGUAUUAAUUGUAUGUUUUACUAUACUGUAUGUUCUAUCAACUAAAUUUUUAUGUUUUGGUGUCUUUGUCAGAUUUAUAAUGUAUAUGUUGAAUUAUUUAAGUCACUUGUGCUGUAUAUUAAAAAGAAGAUGUAUGUCUGUUAAAUAAGUGAGUGUGCACGUUAAACAAUAAUGUCUAUUUGAGUUGCUUGUCCACAUUUCGAAUUUUUUGCAUAGUAUCUUGAAAAAUAUAUUAAAUGAUCCGUCAA